AUGAUGUUGGCGGCGUUCGGAGCCAGUUGUGUGGCAGCGUUUCUCUACAACAGGAUUCGAGCUUCAAGUCAUGCCGGAUGGGCCUUUGGAUAUGCAGUCGUGAACUCUCUUCAAUCCGCGUUCUGUGGGAUAUCCUUCCUGAACACAGAUGACUGCAACCGUGGCGUCAUCAUAUACGGCCACGGCUUGAGAUUGUACUGGAUCGUAGCUGUUGAUUGCAUCCGGACGGUUCUCUAUGGCGCUGUCCUGAUCUGGAUGCAAGUACUCAUCGCUGCACGGCUAGAUCUUCUGGAGCAAUCCUCACAAAUGAACUAUUGCAGCGCCUGCAUUUGGAAAAUCAUUUGGGUGCAGGUCUUCAACUUCGUGGUUAACGCGCUUUUAGCCUGUGCCUUCGCGGCACAGCGGCUGUCCGACUCGUUUGUCUAUGCUCCGACUGCUGUAUUGCCAGCUUCUUUAUCUCUGACAUCGCUGUUAAGCUGGCUAUGCAACAUGGUGGCCAGCAUGGUGGCCAUCUUUGCUCUCACCUACUCUUACCUACAGCUGCGCAGGGUGUUGCAUGCUGCCAGGCUUGAUGGCGCCUCAGUUGCUGUGAGGUCCUCGCUGAGACAGGCCCGAAGGCUAGCUGCUGUUCAAGUCAUAGGUGUGUCGUCCAGUCUCAUGUUCACCAUCUUGGCCUUUGCGGCCCUUUCUAUCUCGCUGUUUCAGCUCAACACCUCGUGCAUGCUACCGUCUGUGGAGGCAUACAUUCUGGUUUCGAUUCAGGCCGUGGACUUCCUGGGGAAUGCUGUUGCUGUCUUGCUGCUCUCGGGCAGCCACAGGUUGCCAGCAGACAGCCACUCCGGAGACGUGCAGCCCAGCCAGGUCAGCCAAUGCAUGUCUUGCUGCAGGCAUGAGUCAGAAUCCCUUGAGCCUCCUUCCAGCGAGGCGGCCUGGGGACCCGAAUGGCGAGCCAAAGUUGAGGAGCUUUCGCUGCGAGGAAUGACCCUGCGCAGCCUCUUGGAGUUUUUUCGGGAAGACCUUCGCCGCAUGCCAGGGGGAUAUAAGCCCAAGGUUCACAGGACCAGAGAUGUGGUGCGCCAGGUGAUCAUUCCCCUCACAUCUGAGGAAGAAUGUGCAUAUGCAGCUUCGCGACUCAACAGGGACGGUGCCCGACGGGCUGAGGUCAUGGUGACCCACAACUGGGGUAACAACUUCAGGGAUUUGCUGGCCGCCGUCAUCUCGGACGCUCUGCAAGAAUGCAGUUUCAAUUUGGCAGCAAAGCUGCUGGAGGAAGACGACGACCUCCUGUCUGAGAUGCUGCAGAAGAGCGCUCGCCUGGACGACAGCUACUGGAUUUGCGCGUUUGCGGUCAACCAGCAUACUAGCAUAUGUCACCACAACCCUUACGACCGGGACCCAUUUACAAACGAGUUGUACCCGGAAUGCAAGUGCAAGAGCAUAAACGUCGGAGAUCCGGGGGGCAGAAGUGCAGCGUCAGAGAUCAACAAGUUCGAUGACAUGAUGCAUCACCUGGCUGCCACAGGAAGCUGCAGGCAAGUAAUUGCAGUGGACCAACAUCUUGAGCUGUUUAACCGUGCGUGGUGUGUUGCCGAAAUUGCAGAAGCCAGGCGGUUGCAAAUGAAGCAAUCGCUCAAGCUUGCAUCCAAAGCGACCCUCCACCAACGAGCGGGAACAUUGAAGAACCUGGACGUUCUGAGCAUGCGUGCAUCCUCCGACAUGGACAAGAAGAUCAUACUCGACAAGAUCAAGAGCAGCACGAACAUCGACCAGUUCAACGAAGAGCUGCAGGCACUGAUUUUCGACCCCAGGUCGGGCCUUUUGGCGUCCUGGAAUGCCAUGGACAGUUUGCAGCAAAUUGGAGAAGUGGGACGACUGAUUCGAUGGGGCCUUGCUGAUGCAGGCACUGGGAAGGUCUGGAAAGCCUGGGAGCUCCAGGCAUGA